CCAAUACAAACAAAGCAGUUAGAUCGGUGACGCAUUUAUCUAUCUCCUCCCAUCGCUUUCUCUCUACUCGCUCGUUACUUCCGGCGACUCUCCGGCGGCUAAUGGACGCCGUCAUCCACGCUGCUCCACUCUCCAUCGCGCGCCUACGCGCGUCGUCCUCUCCUUCUUCGCCGUAUCUUCUUCCGCCGAGAUUUUUCACUGUUCAGCCAUCAUGCCACCAAUUCACCUUCUCUUUCAGGUCCCGUUCCAAAUCCCGGAUUCCUUUAGCUUCUUCUGCCGCCGGAGCUACCUUGAUGAAGAACUCCUCUUCGCCAAGAGGUGGAGUGUACACUGUUGGUGAAUUCAUGACAAAGAAGGAUGACUUGCAUGUGGUUAAACCGACGACCACUGUGGACGAAGCUCUGGAACUCCUUGUGGAGAAUAGAAUUACAGGAUUUCCUGUGAUAGAUAACGAUUGGAAAUUGGUUGGGCUUGUUUCAGACUAUGACUUGUUGGCUUUGGACUCCAUAUCUGGUAGUGGAAGAACAGAAAAUGCAAUGUUCCCUGAGGUUGACAGCACCUGGAAAACUUUCAAUGCAGUGCAAAAACUACUCAGCAAAACCAAUGGGAAGCUUGUUGGAGAUUUAAUGACACCAGCUCCACUAGUUGUUGAGGAAAAAACUAACCUCGAAGAUGCUGCUAAAAUAUUGCUCGAGACAAAAUAUCGCCGGCUCCCUGUGGUAGAUUCUGAUGGCAAAUUGGUUGGUAUUAUCACAAGAGGAAACGUUGUUAGAGCCGCGCUUCAAAUAAAACGCUCUGGUGAUACAAAUGCUUGAUUAAGAUAUAAAACCAAACAAGAAAAUAGGGAAGCAAUGAUCAAACAUUCUCCAAUCAAUAAAAGUGAGAAAACAGAGUACUCCACAUUGUACAAUGUAUGAUUAAGAGCCAUGACUUCUAUUAUGACCAGGGUUGUACAUCAAUGUGAAGCCUAGUUAACUAUAGAAGAAUCAAAUAACCUAAUACCAGUCGCAAACAGUGGUAGUAAGUGGUAAGUGCACUACUGACUUUAUUAUCCUGCAGAAUCAGCUUCUCUGUAUGGUUGAUGGGUUAGGUUAUCAGAUGCUUUGGGUAUUUGAUUCUCAUCAAAUUAUGCUUUAGAAAUUUUUAUUUCAUUUAGAAAAAAAUGUUUCCCACUUUCUACAUUUGGUUAACCACCAAGGUAACAACCUAUUUUUAUAAGGUAUUAAAUUAAUAUUGGUUCAA